AUGUUGCUUCACACUCACACCCCGUCCUCUCUCGCCCUCUCGCACGCCUUCCCUGCCCGCAAGUCCAACCGUUCCUCGUCCCAGUCCCAUACGCUGCGCCUUGCGACAGAUUCCCCGCUCCCCCUCACCACACCCGCCCAUAGCGGCGUCGUUUCCGCGUCUGCAUCCGCCAAGCCGUCCGCGCGCGCUACAGCCGCCCCGUCCACCGCCGACGGCGCCGGCGGCGGGAGGGAUUUCUUUGAGUCGGACGUAGUGCGCUACGGCGACCGCUACAACCGCCCGGACCGCUUCCCCCGCCUGCGACGCGCGGACGCGAAGCAGCGACAGGUGGACGUCAGGGAUUGGCUGCAGCGGCUGCGCGCAAGCGCCCGCGACGUCUUUAUAUGGGACGAAAAGUGGGAUAGUAGCGAAGGUGCUUCACAAGUAGAGAACCAUGAUAGAGAUACUAACGAGGGCGCCGCGGAGCGGGAAGAUGCGGGCGCGGCGGCAGCGGCGUUCCGGCUGCUGGUGGCGCAGGGGCGGCUGGACGAGGCGUUUCACGCGGCGCGGGAAGCCAUGAGGAAGGGACGCGCCGCGUUCGCGUUUGAUCCUGUGGCGCUGCUGGAACCCGUCAGCAGCAGCGGGGCAGCAGCAGCGGACCAUGGGGCGUUCAUGCUGGCAGCAGUGGAAGGCGGCAACGUGGAGCUCGCCUUUGAAUACGCCGGCCUGCUGCCGCCCAACCCAUCACCCCCUUCCUCCUCCCCCUCUUCUUCCUCCUCCUCCCCCGCGGUGCCCCUGCCCCGGGCGGCCAUGGCGAUAUACAAUGUGGUGCUGGCGGCGUAUGCAGUGGCGGGGGACAGCAGCGCCAUGCACCUCGCUGUCAACACUGCCCGGCGCCGCGGGUUCGCUCCUGAUGGACUCACGUCCGCGCUGCUGCUCGCUGCUGCUCUGCUGCAUGGGGGCGACGUGAGUGGGGUGAGUGGGGUGUGA